UUAAUUAUUUUGUGUUUUUGCUUGCUUUUAGUUAUUCAGACAUCAUUGUCACAGUUCUGGCUUUGGUUCCGUUUUUCAGGCUGCAGGUGGCUUACUGUAUCCCUGACAUAUAGAUAUUGUGAAAAGGCUCCAUGCAGCUUUUUCCAUCAACAGGCCCAAACAUCACAUCAAUAAAAUGUCACGCAGGAAAAUCAGCAGGGGAGCAGGAAAAAUAGGCAAAACCUGUAAUAUUAUUUUCUUUGAAUAUUCUAAUUAUGACCUACAUGGAGUAUAUCAGUAUCUCGGGAAGGGUGGGAGAGGCAUCAUUUAUUUUGCUGCUGGACAAGCAUAACAUGCUCAAAUAGAAGCUGUAAACAUGUAAUCAGUGUUGAUUUUGACACACAGCUGGAGAUUUAUUGCACAUCUUGUUUUUGAUGAGUGACCCCGAAACUGAUUCUACUGAAUUUUAAAAAUAUAUCAUUAGGUGCCCAGUCCUUAUGUAACAUACAUGAUGCAUGUAAUCUAAAACAGUCUUAUACCCCCUACAUUGUUUUAUUUGCUUUGCUUUUGUCUGUCUGUUUGUUUGUUGGCUAUUUUUUUUAGAACUGGAAACACAAAACUAAGAAAAGACAUGACUGAAGAAAGAGAUUUGAGAAAUUACCGACUGCUCACUAAAAUAUUUGAAGUGAAAACCAAAAAAAAAGCAAAUAUAUUACCAUCUAACUAAUUCUCAACAGGCUAGCUUACUGCAUUAACAAGGAUUUUUCAGUAACAGCUCCAGCUGCACAGUCAAGGAUGAUGUAAGGGUGGGAGGGACAUGUUUCAGAUUUCUGUAUUUGGCCAGUCCACCCUCCCGGAUUAUUUCAGUCUUCAACACAGCCUGCGGAAAAUUUUAGGUGAUAAGUUUGCUUUGUGUUGCGUUUUAAAGGGACACCUGAUAUGAGUCUCUCUGACCAACUCUGCAAUGCCUGUGCAACUGGAAACCUAUUAGAAAUCACAACUUUACUGCAAAAUGGAGCUGAUGUAAAUAUUAAAAAUGUGUUUAAUAGGACUGCAAUACAGGUAGUGAAGUUGGGGGACUCCCGGGUCAUUGACACUCUGCUGCAAGCGGGGGCAAAUCCAAAUGUGCCAGAUCCCUCCUGCGGUCUCACCGUGACCCACGAUGCCGCUCGUGAAGGAUUCGUGGAUUCUGUGCGCGUGCUGCUAAACUAUGGGGCCAACGUUAACAUCGCAGAUGAAAGAGGUAACCUUCCGCUGCACCUGGCCGCCAGUAAGGGUCACCUGGAGGUUGUCAGGCUGCUCAUUGGAUACACCGAGAAUCGCGGCGUACGCAACAAUGACGGACUCACCGCCGAGCAGCUCGCGCGCGGCAAUGGCCACACGGACACAGCCACGUUCAUCCAAAACCAUCCGUGAGUGGACCAAACUGCACCUUACACGAGAAGAGUUUCUGCUCCCAAAAUAAUAUGGGAGGGAUUUUUCCUGAGCCCAGUUAAGUCAAAAACACAAAAUAAAGGAACAAAACAAAAGUUUUAGUGUGUGUGU